GACCUCAUUCAAGAUCUCUAUGUCCGCGAAAUAAAAGCCUAUAAGCCAGCACCUAUUCCUAAAGACGCACAUGUCGGUGUUGUGAAGCAGUACUCGCUACCACCAACACCCAAGGCUCCCGCUCCCCCUGCAGACCUUGCAUCCGAGCUUUCUGCGUAUGACGCCACGGAGCCCACUGUUGUGGUCGAGACGAAGGCGACUGAAUCGUCGGAGGGCGCUGGAGAGGGUGGCGCUGACGCAUACCUGGCCUUCCUCGAACGGGACCUUCCAAAGGUUGAACACCAUCACUAG